AUGACAAACCGUCAUGCAUCAAUUCUAGGAAAUAAAUGUUCAAUGAAUCUCAAUAUUACUGAUCCAAUACCUACUGAUGAUUUAUUAACUGCAUCACAUACCGAAUGUGAAAUUAAAGAAGCUGGUGUAAUUACAUUCCUAGGUAGUUCUGAUGGCUCUUGUUAUGCAGAAAUUUCAAUUGAUUAUAAUACGAAAAAAAUGGAAGUUAUAACUAGACGUGUCUAUUUUGCUAACUCACAACAAAGUCCCUAUGAUGAUAUGUUUGGUUUUGCUAAUGAUAUACGAAGUAUUGUACAAUAUAAAAUUGAAGGAAAUUUAAAACAAAAUGAAUUCAAAAUGACAACACGUGUUCAAUGUGAUACAUAUGAUAAUUGUGCAUUGGAUAAAAUUCGUAAACUUUUAACAAAUUUGACUGAUAUUGUACCACGAACGCAAACUUUCGGCCAAAUAAAAAACUUCCUUAUUUCAUCUACUGCGGGUGGUGCCAUACCGAUGAUAUGUAUGACUAACCCUGCUUCUAACAGUAAUGAGGAAGAGAACACUGAUCCGGAUUGUUCACAUGAUAAGAGCCUGUGUAAAUAUGAACGUACAAAAGAAGGUGAUGUAGAACAAUCCUGCAAAAUACACGCUUCUAGUACAGAUCCUGUGAUAGAAUAUCGAUUCAAUGUACUAGAAGAAGCAGCAAAUAAUGGAAAUAUUGAUAGUGCACAAGCUUUUAAAAUUUUCUUUGAAUGUAACAAAGAUCGUUGUAAUGAUAAAAAUUCGACUAAGCAUGUAAUUGAAAUGUUAACCUCACUUGCAUUAGUAUCAACCACAAAUGUACAAACUAGAGUGGUAAAUGUAAUUAGUAAAAAUAUAACAACACAGACUAAUCAUAAUACUAAUAAAAAUCCAAUAGCACAUACUAAUCCUAAGUCAAAUGGUAUAUCAUUGAUGGCAUCAAUAUAUUAUCGAUUGAUCAUAAUUUAUUCUUUAUUUAUUACAAUUCCAUCGAACUAA